UGACCAAUGAGUUGAUGUUUGGAUGAUCGCCCUCAGCGUCGCCAAACAACCCUCAUCGAUCAUUCGUCAUAUCGGCGGUCUAUCAGAACAUCGGAUUUGAUCCGAUCAUUUCUUUUAAACCCGUCGCUGCGCUAGCAUGGCGACCUUGUGUCAAUCGGUCAUCCGCAGGGAUGACCUCGCCUGCACGCUCUCGAAUCGCGAGAAGCCAUCGCCGUAUCUAUACCAAAUAAAUAUCUAAGGUGUCUUCAUGUCAAUGUCGCAAUUGUCACCAGUCCGUCGCCGAGAAGCAACGCCAUGGGCUCCCAAAACGCCCCAGAUAUCGACAUCAACCCUUCAACCCAAACCACCCCCGACAGUCCAAACACCACCACACCACCACACAACAAGCUAACACAGCUCCUCAAAUCCACCGUCCUCUUCAUCCUCCACCAAUGGCUCCUCAUCGGCAUGGGCGUCGCCUGCGUCCUGGCCUACUACUUCCCCAAUGUCGCCAAACACGGCGGCGUCAUCCGCUCCGAGUACAGCAUCCUGUACGGCGCCAUGGCGCUCAUCUUCCUAGUCUCGGGGCUCAGCAUCCCGCGCCAGAAGCUCUUCCUGCACAUGCUCAACUGGCGCCUGCAUCUGCUCGUCCAGGUCGUCUCCUUCCUCUUCAUCCCCGCCCUGAUGCUCGCCGUCGUGCACGCCAUCCUGGCCGGUGACCCGAGCGGCCAUAUCGACCGCGCCCUCCUGGCGGGGUACAUUUUCACCGCGUGCAUCCCCACCACGAUCGCGUCGAAUGUGGUCAUGACGCGCUCGGCGGGCGGAGACGACGCCGCGGCGCUGGUGGAGGUGCUGAUUGCGAAUUUCCUGGGCCCGUUCGUCACCGCCGCGUGGACGGUUACUGUGCUGCCGGAUCGCGAGGAGUUUGAUAUCUGGAGGGACGGCGACGGCGAUCUGAAGGAUAUGUAUCGUGAUGUGUUCAAGCAGUUGGGGCUCAGUGUGCUGCUGCCUCUGGUCGUGGGCCAAUUGGUGCGUUGGACUUGGCCUGAUCCCACGGCUAGGAUUUUGCAGCGGUAUCGUAUCCCGAAGAUCGGGACUGUUUGUAUGCUGUUGCUGGUUUGGACGACAUUCUCAUCCUGCUUCGCCACCGGCGCCCUCCAAACGCUCUCCACGCGAAGCAUCAUCUUCGUCGUCUUCUUCAAUAUAGCCCUGUACAUCUUCCUCACAGGCGUCUGCUUCGUUCUGUGUCGGCCGCCUCGCGUCCUUAGCUCGCUCGGUUUCGGAACCUCGCAUGUCUUCAAGCGCAUCUCGGCAGAGGAGACCAUCGCCGUUUGCUUCUGCGGUCCGGCGAAGAGUACGGCCCUCGGCAUCCCCCUGCUCUAUGCUAUGUGGACGCCGGUGGAUCUGUUCGUGAAGGCGAAGACGUCCGUGCCAGUGUUGUUGUAUACCACGGAGCAGAUUUGUAUUGCGCAUUUCUUUGUGCAUGUGUUGCGGAAGUGGAGGGGGAGGGUGCUUGAGAUGGAGGAGAGAGAGAAGGGGAGAGAAGGAGGGCCGGAAGGGGUGGUUUGAUUUGGGUGUUUUCAAAUAUGAAUAUUGGUAUAAGUAUGGUUAUGGUUAUGACGGGAUGUGUUAAAAAUUUCUGGGUCCUGCGGAUGCUAUUCUAAGGAUUCAUUCACAUGCGAACAUUGUACAGAGAAUUGGGAAAGAGAAAGAAUACUCCUAUGUAGCAUGUUGACCUGCAAACCAGUCUAGAACAUAU